ACCUCCUUGAACUUUGGAGAAAAAUUAACAACUUGUAACAACAAUGAAGUCACAGACACAUAUUGCUUGAAGCAGAAGCUUUAAAGAUUGAAACUGAGACUGGACGUCAGCAAGCAGCCUACUGAAAGUGUAACCGGAUAGAUAUAAUCUCAGGACAUACUGAAGCCAAGAACCAGGAUAUUCAACAAGGACAGAACACUGUGUGAUAACCUAAACAAAGACUAAAUAAAGAAUUUGAAUCAGAAUGAACUGGAAGAAAGUCUUUGGAGUAUUGGCUGUGGGAAUUUUAGGGCUAGUCAUUGGGAUUUUAAUUGGAACAUUUGCAAUAAACCGAGGCCUACCAGAUUGGAUGGAACGAAUGAGCAAAGAUGGGGACCCCAAAUACAGGGUUCAACUCCAGCAAGAGAUUGACGCUGAAAAUAUUCAAAAGAAUUUAAAGUUCUUCUCCAGUAAACCUCAUAUAGCAGGAAGUCCUCAAGAGGAAGAUGUUCUAGUCAAGUACAUCCACAAGAAGUGGCAAUCAAGUCUAAAUGGAGCUAAAAUAUACAACUACACAGUGCUUCUCUCCUACCCCAAUGCUAGUGACCCAAACUAUGUGUCUAUAUGGUCUCCAAAUGGAACUGAAAGUGAAUUAUCAGAAAAAGUUGAGAAGAUCCUAAGUCCUGACCAGAAUGAUCCCACUGUGGUGAAUCCUUUUAAUGCUUACUCACCUGCUGGAGUAAUUGUGGGUGAUCUUGUGUAUGUUAACUAUGCUUCAGUGGAGGAUUUCCAUUAUCUAACAAGGGAUUUAUCAAUGGAUCUAAAUGGUACUAUAGCUAUUGCCAGAUAUGGAUCAAUAUUCAGAGGAGACAAGGUGAAGAAUGCCCAGACCUUUGGCUGUGCCGGGAUCAUUCUGUAUUCUGAUCCUGCAGAUUAUGUUGCUGGUGACCUUAAUCGUGUUUUCCCUGAUGACUGGUGGUUACCAGGUACUGGUGCUCAGAGAGGAACAGUACUGAAUACUGAUGGUGAUCCAUUGACACCAUUUUACCCUUCCAUUGAUUCCGCAUUUCUCUUGGAAGAAAAGGAUAUAAAUUUGCCCUUAAUUCCUGUCACUCCUAUUGGGUACAGUGACGCUGUCAAAUAUCUCAGCAAGCUAUCUGGACCUGAAGUACCUAGUUUAUGGAAGGGAAAACUGGACAUUACAUACAGACUGGGACCAGGAUUUUCACCUCCAUAUGAGGAAAGCAAAAUAAGACUGUAUGUGAAGUCAUAUAACAUAAAGAAAACAAUCAGAAAUGUUAUCGGGUUUAUUGAGGGUGAAUAUGAGCCUGAUCGUUAUGUGGUAUUGGGUAAUCACCGCGAUGCCUGGGUGUUUGGAGCCAUUGAUCCAUCAAGUGGGACAGCAGCAAUGAUGGAGUUAAGCAGAGCCAUGGGACAACUGUUGACAAAAGGGUGGCGCCCAAGGAGAUCCAUUUUAUUUUGUAGCUGGGGAGCAGAAGAAUAUGGACUAAUCGGAUCAACAGAGUGGGUGGAAGAACUGAAUAAAGUUUUAAAUUCUAGAACAGUGGCAUACCUAAAUGUGGAUCUCGCACUUUCAGGAAAUUCCACCCUUCGUGCACUUGCUACACCCAUCCUGCACAAAGUGUUGUUUGAGGCUGCAAAAAAGGUUGAAAAUCCAAAUCCAAAAGAGGUGCAAGCUGGUCGCAAAACUGUAUAUGAUACCUGGCUUGCAAGUUUGCCAUCUUCCCAUGAUGCAACUGUCCCACGUGUUGGGGAUCUUGGCUCUGCGAGUGAUUAUUCCUCCUUUCUACAAAUUGUUGGGAUUUCCGCAGUAGAUGUGAGAUACACCUAUGACCCGAAAUACUCGUUGUCUUCAUAUCCCAUGUAUCAUUCGGUGUAUGAGACAAUGGAUCUAGUGUCACGUCUUAUGGACCAAGGCUUCAAGUACCACCAAGCUGUAGCAAGACUGUGGGGUGAAAUAGCUCUACGUUUGGCUGAUGAAGUUGUGCUUAACUUGGAUUGUGUGCAAUAUGCAAAGACCUUGCAAAGGAUUGUCUCUGAUGUACAAAAGACAUACGGAACUCUGCUGGAACAACAUAACUUAAGUCUUGAUGCAGUUAGGAAAGCAGCCUCUGAAUUUCAGGAAGCAGCGAACUCAUUACAGAAAAGGGCUGAAAAUGUUGACAGAAAGAAUCAGCUGGAAGUGCGGAAGAUAAAUGACCAACUAAUGCUUCUUGAAAGAUCUUUCAUUGAUCCCCUAGGAGUAGCUGGAAAUCUCUUAUACAGGCAUGUCAUUUAUGCACCUAAUCAACACAAUAUUUAUGCUGCGUCCAGUUUUCCAGGACUGGCUGCUGCAAUGUUUGAUAUUGAAAAUGAUCCAGACCAGGAGAAACGCUGGCUUCAGGUCAAAAAAGAGAUUUCUAUCCUUUCGUAUACUAUCAGCUCAGCAGCCAGCACCAUGCAAGUCACCGGAAGCAUUGGGGGAGUCAAAAUGUAAAAUGAAAUCUUCCUUAAAUUGAGUAUAUUCUUGCUACUAAUUCAACAACUCAAAUGGGAGAAGUCUAUAUUUGCACAAUUUAAUGUUGACUUUGGACUGGCGCAAAAAAAACAUGAUACGAAUGGAUCAUAUGGUUGUUGUACAAUUUUUCCUGUGGUUACUAAGAUGUAUCCAGUGCUAAAGGGAACAAAACUUGUAGAGGAAACAUCUGCAAUAAAAUGACAUCACAAAUUACAUGGAAUGUUACAUUUAGGGUAAAAACCUGGACUAUGAUUUUACACUCUACCUGUUUUAUUUAACCUACACAACUGUUGUAAAAAGAAAUAUUUGUAUUGUAAGAUUGAAUUAAAUUACUCAAAAAUUGUGCACAGAAAAAUAUAAAGAAACAACAACUGUUGUCUUUAUUUAGGACCUAUUAACAAUAUAUAAUUAGGGUUUGGUAUCAAGUCUUACCUGUUUCACAUCCCAUCAUGGUUAAGACUACAUAUUGCACACUGAUUCAUAUUUUAUUAUGUUUAGAUUCACAGACAGGAACAUAUUUUUCAGGAGAUUUAUUAAAUGCUUUUCAUACAAAGGCUUUAUAUUUUAUGCACUAUAGACAGAUAGAUAGAUAGAUAGAUAGAUAGAUAGAUAGAUAGAUAGAUAGAUAGAUAGAUAGAUAGAUAGAUCAAUAGAUAGAUAGAUGAUAGAUAGAUAGAUUUAACAUGCAAUUAAGUAAAUCUUACAUUUUGCAUGAUAGAUAUAUAUAUAUAUAUAUAGAGAGAGAGAUAGAUAGAUGAUAGAUAGAUAGAUAGAUAGAUAGAUAGAUAGAUAGAUAGAUCGAUAGAUAGAUAGAUAGAUAGAUAGAUAGAUAGAUAGAUAGAUAGAUAGAUAGAUGUAGAUUUAACAUGCAAUUAAGUAAAUCUUACAUUUUGCAAUCAUGAUUAAAAUAUUCUUUGAAACUAAAAA